GUUGCUGCCCCACUGUCAGCUAACCAUGCGACGCGACGAACCUGGUUUUUUGUUUGGACCGCAAGAUGCAAACAACUCGGCUUGAGGACGCCGGUUGUUCUUGGUUGCGCCAGGCCAACGUUGCAACCUAACACCACCAGCGAUCAAUGGCCGCACCGCCGGCGCCCUUUGAUGGCGACGAGUCGUUCUUUGACUCUGCCCAUCCCUUCAGGGGCGUUGUCGUCUGCUGCACUAGUGUGCCCACCGAGUUGAGGGCAGACAUCGCAGCCAAGACGAUCGAGCUCGGCGGACAGCACAAGUACGACCUGACCCCCGACUGCACCCACCUGAUUGUUGGCGACUACGACACCCCCAAAUACCGCCAUGUCGCCAAGGAACGCCCCGACGUCCGAGUCAUGGCCGCCGGCUGGGUCGAGGCCGUGCGUAAUCUUUGGGUCGAAGAUGCCGACAUCGACUUCCUCGCCCUCGAGAAGGAAUGGCAGCUACGCCCAUUCGAGAGCGGUGGAGAGCAGACACUUGACGGUUCCGAGCCUCAGCGCCGAAGAUUGCUCUGCUGCAUGACUGGCUUUGAGGACCCGGACGAGCGCCAGCGGAUUAUCGACACGAUCGAAGCCAACGGCGGGCUCUACACCGGGGACCUCACCAAGCGCGUCACCCACCUGAUCGUCCACAAGCCCGAAGGGAGGAAGUACCAGGCUGCCAAGGCUUGGGGAGUCGCGACCGUCUCCGUCGAAUGGAUUACCGACAGCGUUGAGCGCGGCCUAAUUCUGGACGAGAAGCUCUACGAUCCUGUCUUGCCCCAACAAGAGAGGGGAGUAGGCGCUUGGAACAAGCAGAAGUCCCGCGUCUCGACAUUGGGCAAGAGACUGAGGGAGAACACGGUUGCGCAGGAGGAAGGUUCAAAGAGGAAGUUGCGCAAGACUGCCAGCAUGAAGUUGAACAGCCAAAGGGAUAAUCUCUGGGGAGACAUUCUGGGCAAGCCACAAGCGUCAGAGCCUGUGUCUCCUGCGGUCCCCCAGCAGGUCGCACCACAGCCCGCCGCUAUCCCACCUCCGAGAACCACGCAGCCCACGCAGCCAGCCGGCCACAAGUCGCUGGAUACUCAGGGGUCAAAGCUGUCGUCGUUUGGCGUCCCUGACGACAGCGCAGUCUUCGCCUCAUGCUGUUUCUACGUUCACGGCUUUUCAGCGCAAAAGACAGAAAUACUGGUGAACACCGUGGCCUCCCUCGGUGGGUUAAUCUGCCAUUCUCUGGACGAGGUUGUUUCCACCUCGGGAGCCCAGCUGGCUCACCGGUUCCUGAUCGUGCCACAAACUUCGCCCCCGGAAACCCACCCUCAACUCCCCGACAAUGUCCACAUCAUCACCGAGUUCUACAUCGAGAGAUGUCUACACAAAAAGUACUUCUUCGAUCCCUCCCAGCAUGUCAUCGGCCGACCCUUCCCCUUGUUUCCGAUCCCAGGCUUCGAGGGUCUGUCCAUUUGCACCGCUGGCUUCACGGGGGUCGAUCUCAACCAGGUAGACAAGUCCAUCCGGCAGCUGGGCGCCAAGUAUGAGGAACGAUUUACCGCAAAUGUUUCUCUCUUGGUGUGCUCAUCGCUGUCCGGAGUUCGGAAGCAGAAACUUGAACUGGCAGUCGCAUGGAAAGUACCCGUCGUCAGCGCCGACUGGUUAUGGGAGUGCAUCUUUACCGGCUUCAAGGCCCCGAUCAAACGGUUCCUAUUCCCGGAGUUGAAACAGAAUUUGGACAGCCCAAAGGUGCUGACGCAAGCCAAGGAAAAGGGAAAGGCCAAGGAUAUCGCCAAAGGCAAGCAGGAGAGACCGCCGAGCAAAGACCGCAUCGACCAGGAUCUUCUACCAAAGCCGGCCACCAAACUGAAACAGCGCCGCCACUUUGACGGGUCGGCGUUUGUGACCGCCAGGGCAGAUACGCAGGAACCAGCCCAGCGCCAUCGCAAGGGACUUGCGACCGCCGAACACGACUCUAAUCUCACAACCACCACGCACUUCGAGACUGCGCCCACCCACGCACACCCGACCAACGACGCCACCGUCAGUUUCGGCAACAAUACACUUCCGUCCGGCGGCCCCCUCUCAGAGACGUCCUCCAACUCACUCAACAAAACCCCUACGUCUCCACGGCGGCCUGGCCCCACGGCAGCGCGAAAGCCGAUGAGUAGGAUAACAAGCGUGGCCGACUCCGAAGCGACCGAGGGCGGUAUCGACCAGCCCGACAACGACAUGCCAGUUCAAGAACACGAAGAGAACAUAGAGAAGCCUACAGCAGACCAGGAAGCGGACCGCCCAGACCCAGAAGCCGAGAAGAAGCGUCUCGAAGCUGAAAAGGCGGCAGCAGCAGCAGCCGCCGCCGCGGAACAGGAGCGCCUUGCCAUCUCCACCAAGCUCGUCACCUCCCUCCUGGACUCGACCUCCGCCAAGCUAGGCAUGACCACCACGGCGGCCUCCGCCCCGGCUAAUUUUACCACACUUGCAGCCGGCUCCCUGCCGGACGGUCCAUCCGACGCCGUCAGCGAAGAGAACCCACCCGCAGCGGCGGAGUCGGGCCCGUGGACAGGGACGGCAGCACCAAAACCACCCAUGCCCAAGCGUCGCAAGCGAAACAUACUCGGUCGCGCCGUCAGCAACGUGUCCGCCGCUAGCAGCACAAGCGAGUCGUCGUCCGUCCCGUCUGCCGCUGUCGGUACUAGCGCUACCGCCGCUGAUGUUGCUAGAGGAGCGGAUCCUGCGACUGGUGGUGACGGUAGUGGUGGUGAUGACGCCGCGCCCGCGGCGACACAGCUUGAGUAUGAAGACCCGGAAGCGAGGCGGUACAAGGAGCAGUUGAUGUGCAAGAUGCUGGGCAACACGGCCGCUGGCGAUAGUAGGGAUUCCUUUUUUGCAACUGCAACCAGGCAGCAACAGCAGGAGAAGCUGACGCUGGCUGAGAUGGGCGGCUAUGCGAAUGACUUGCUGCAGCGGUUUGAUGCUGUUUCGAAGGGGGGGGGAAGGAAGACAAGACGGAGGUGAGUAUCGCUAUGAUGCUGGAAGUGUCCCGGUGAGUGGAACCAUGGCAAGCUCGGAGUUUGGACGGGAUGGGAGAUGGGGAAGUUUCCUUAAGGUAUUUGUUGGUGGGCGUGGCAAGGGAAAGCGAGCGAACAUUGAGCAAGGCAGCAUCUUAGGCAUCUGAGGCAUCUUAGGCUUCUGUUAGGGUAUGGUUAGGCUAGAGUCACGGCAGGAUUAUGACCGCAAUGUGGUUUAGGUUAUCUUUAUUCCACUUCCCACUUGAGUGUUCAGGGUGGAAUGUGUCAGGCGUUUAGGGA